AUGCUCCUCAAGACCAUCGCCGCUUCCGUCCUCCUGGCCUCCGGCUGGGUUGACGCUCUGACUCCUACCCAGCUCUUCGCCAACAAAGGUACCAUCAACGACGACUGGGACGCCAUCUUCAUCGACAGCGGCUCUCAAGGAAGCGUCGCCCAAGUCGACAACGUCUUCUACGAAUCGCCGACCGCCCUCAAGAUGACGCAGACCUACACCGGCUACGGCGGGCGCUACCACGCCGAGGUCCACAAGCACAACGUCUACCGCAAAGGCGACACGGGCUUCUACGGCUUCGCCUUCCGCCUGUCGUCCGAGUGGCAGUUCGCGCCGGCGCAGAGCUACAACCUCGCGCAGUUCAUCGCCGACUUCAGCGACCUGCCGGCCUGCGCCGAGACGUACAUGCCGUCCAGCAUGCUCUGGCUCGUCGGCGACCAGCUCCAGUCCCGCGUCAAGACGGGCGACGUGUGCCCCGUCCGCCAGCAGCACACGGUGCCCUUCGCGGACCUGGCCACCGUCAGCCGGGGCGCGUGGCACAAGGUCGUGAUCCAGGCGCGCUGGGCGGACGAUGCCUCGGGCUACUACAAGAUCUGGUUCGAUGGCCGGAGCGUCCUGAACCAGACGGGCAUCGCGACCACCGUCUCCGAUCCGAGGUACUUCCAGUUCCGCGUCGGCUUGUAUGCUAAUGGCUGGUUUGAUGAUGACGGGGGCAUGAAGGGCUCACAGCCGUUUCGACAGGUGUGGUUCGAUGAGAUUGCCGCGGGCACUAAGUUUGCUGAUGCUGACCCCGGGCAGUGGUGA